AUGGCGACUGAAACGGGCUCCAGCAAGGGCCACACCCGUCCUAUUGAACUCCGUCCCGCCGACCUUGCACGCAAGCGCACCGGCACGGUUGCCGUCCGGGGCGCCAGCGGUAGGCCCCGCCUACACACGAUCCAGGAGUGGGAAGCGCUCUAUCCUGUCAUCAGGCAACUGUAUGUAACCGAGCGGAGAAAGCUUAGUGAUGUUAUGACUAUACUCGAACGCCUUCAUGACUUCCGAGCAACAGUGCAAAUGUACAAGAAGAGGUUUACCGCGUGGGGGCUGUUCAAGAACAGGAGGUCUCGCUCUGGUGUUGAUGUCGGCCUUCCAAAGGACUGCCGUAGCUCGCAGACUGCGCCCGAGCAGCUCGAUCCGCGCCUUCAUGCUCCAUCUCUUCUCUGCAAAGAGAUGGUGGCCAAUUACCCUGGUGAAUGUGCUGUGUACAAUAUUUCAUCCUGGGCAAACAGCAAUUUUGACGGAACAAGAUGGCUGUGGAUUACUCAGCGGUCAAAGGGUCCCGCUGCUGGCGCACCCGUCACCUAUACCAGCACACGCAUGUAUCAAGACUUCAUCUUGUCUCGUGCCCUCUUGGUCCGGGGCCAAGGCGCGCUGGCUGGCAUGGCUGUUCGGAAGGCAUUCUGGCAAUUAGAAGAAGUGAUCCAAGAGGGCGACCCAGGAAUGAUGAGGAAUCUGGUUGAUUUCUUUUUCUUCAUGAUUGACUCUGGGCAGCACGAUCUGGUCAAGCAGUUGAUGCUUCAACUAGCUCGCCUGACGAGCCAUAAGCUGCCGGCGCUUCACCCUCUGGCCCGUUUCUUUGAGCAGACGUCAAAGAACGAUGGGGAUCUGGCUGACCUGCUGGGACGAAGCUGGCGCUGCUUCGUGGCACUUCUCCAUCGGCGCAUGGGCCACAGCUUCUACUGGAUGUAUGAGAACUGGGCUUGGGAAACUACGGUUCGCAGCAUUGAUACUUCGCCUCGGGACGACUACAAGCGGAUGACGGAAGCCUUGUUAGCCCUCUCGAUGAGAACGGAAGAACUUGAGGUCGAGGGCCUAUCUAGAUCCCAUCUCCAACUCCUCAAAUCUACCGAAAUGAUGCGGAAUGACGGGUUCUACAAGUCAUCAGCAAGCGCGAUUCUUCGGGCAAUAGAGCAUAUCUCGAAUGGACAGGACGCGCCCCUUGACGUGAAGAUGGGCGGAUACGCGGAGUCGUAUCUGAAGACAGCCAAGGUCAAGCGAGCCAUGGACAAUGGCAAUUGGGCCGAAGCCGAAAAAAUCAUGAGAUCAGACAUCCAGUCCCUGGAGAAUGUGUAUGGCAGGGGUAGCCGCGAGGUGAUCCGAGAGAUGUGGUCAUUAGAGAAGGUGCUGAACGAGGCUGGGGCUCAUGACAAGGCAAGUAUCGUCGCUGAAGACGCUAUAGACCGCGCCAAAGACUAUCUAUCGGAUGUUGGUAAAUACAUGGACGAGAGCUGA